AAUACAUGGCAUCAAUUCCUAUGGCUUCAAUCAAUCAUCAAAUAACUUGUAAAAAUUUUGUAAUGAAAAUUAUAUUUUAAAAUAGAACUAAGAAGAGAAUUCAUUGAGCUCUAGAUAAGUAUUUAAAAAAUUUGUGCAUUAUUAUUUGAAUCUGGUGAGUUCUUAAAAUGCCUCUUCGCAAACAAAUACCUGCUAAACCGUCGGCACGAGCUGUUUAUUCAAAACAAUCAGCAUCAAAGGAAACUGCUGAGAAAGGACGUGGGCGACCAAAAAAAAAUUCAACUUCCCCAACAAAAGUGAAGUCUUUGGCAGCGAAACAGGCUAUUGGCAAAAAAGGACGUGGUAGACCUAGGAAACCUACGACGAGUUCAGUAAAAGUAAAGUCUGAUCUUCAGAAAAAAAAUAGCCCAAGAACAAGAAAGCGAAAAACUUCGGUUAGUUUUAAGAGCACCACAGAAAUCAUUGAAGAUCAUAGCUCAGAAGCUGAUUUAAGUUCUGAAGGAGAAGAAACUGACCAUCCUAUUGAUGAAGGUCUUGAAGAUGUUGAACAUGAAAGUAAUGGUGUUGAAGUAUCUGGUGAUGAAUCUGAAGGUGAUGAAUCUGAAGUUGGUGAAUCUGAAGUUGGUGAAUCUGAAGUUGGUGAAUCUGAAGUUGGUGAAUCAGAAGUUGGUGAAUCUGAUGGUGAUGAAUCUGAGAUUGAGGAUGAGGAAGAUAUAGAGUCAUCUGGUGAAGAGGGUGAUAUUGAAGAACAGCUUGUUUGUAAUGAAGAUGAUGAGGAGCUAGCUAGUACAGAUGAAAUUGAAGGAGAAGAAGAUGAUAGUGAAAAUGCUUUUUACAGUUUUCCUGAAACUAGUAUUCAGUCUUCAACAAAAUUAGAAGAGACAAAUGAUGAACAGGAAAAUGCAAGCAGUUCUGAUAAUUCUUAUAACGAAAAGGUGAAAAGUGAAGAUGGAAUAAGCGAGGUUCACUUUAAGAAUGAAAUAAAGGAAGAAAGUACUCAAAAUGUGAUAAACUCUAAGAAAAGGAAAAUCACUCUGGAAAAUACAAAAGAAACUGACGAAAGUGAACAAAAUGAUGUUAAACCUCCCAGGAAGAAAAAGACAUUAAGUAGAGCUAAUUUGUCUGUGGGAAGUAGUUCAAGAAGUUUUAGCGCUCCUGGUAGUAGUAGAUUUCCAUCAUUUAGCUCUCAGCAUCAUUUCAAAUCAAAUCAAUCUCAUUCAUCAGCCAAUGGUCUUCAUCCACAUGUUGAUUCUAUUGAUUCAUUAAUUAGUCUUAACAAAACGGUACCUUGUGGAAAUAUUGCAGCUGACCAAGCUUUUCGUUACUUGAUUGGUCCUACUUUACCUGUAGAUUUUUUCCAUAACUUGUAUGAGAAGAUGCCUUUCACAGUGGCAAGAGAAAAUCGUAAUUAUUAUAAAAGCUUAUUUAGUGGGAAUGACCUAAAUACAAUGUUAAAAGAACAUAAUCUUGAGUAUAAGGUGCAUAUUGAUGUGGUAAAAUAUAUCAAAGGAAUGAGGCUUCCUAUUUCAGCUAAUGGUAGAGCAUAUUACUCUAAUGUGUGGGAGGAUUAUAAGGAUGGUUUUUCGCUGAGAGUUCGCAACCCUCAAGCUUAUAACAAAAAUCUUUGGAAUAUGUGUUCUCUUCUGCAGGAAUAUUUCUCAAGUACUGUUGGUUGCAAUAUAUAUUUAACUCCUCCAAAAGCUCAGGGUUUUCCACCUCAUUAUGAUGAUAUUGAUGCAUUUAUUGUUCAAGUAGAGGGAAGGAAAUAUUGGAAAGUAUAUCCCCCUAGGUAUCCUGAGGAAGAAUUGGCCAGAUAUUCAAGCAAGGAUUUUUCUCAAAAUGAGAUUGGCGUUCCAAUUCUGCAAGUUUGCUUAAAAGCUGGUGAAAUGCUUUAUAUACCGCGGGGGUAUAUUCAUCAGGCAGCUACUGAUGCUGAUCGUCAUUCUCUGCAUUUAACUUUUUCAACCAACCAGCUUAACACUUGGGGGGAUUUUCUCCUUACAGCUACCAGUAAAGCUGUGGAAAGAGCCAUGUUGAAUGAUGUUACAUUUAGACAAUCCAUUUCCAAAGACUAUAUGGAUUAUAUAGGUACCUGUGUUGCUGAGUCCAAAGCAUUUAAACGAUAUGGACUUAUAAAUAAAAUCAAAGAACUUGCCAAAAGAGCCAUGACAUACAUUGAUGUUGAUGAAGCUGCUGAUCUGCAUUCUCUAAAAUUCCUUGAAACAUCUUUACCACCUACAUUUACCAAAAUUGAAAAAGAGCGCAGUUUACAUGGUAAUGGAAGUUACUGGAGGCAUGGAGCGAUUAAUCUAAAAGGAUUGAUCAAAGAGGGUACAGAAGUUCAGUUGAUAAAAAAGAGAAAUCAAAGAUUAAUUAUUGAUGACAACAAUCCAAGAUUAUAUCAUACUCUUGAGAAUCUAAGAGACCCCAGGCCAGUUUCUGAGGAAGAAUCAUUAGCAACUUAUGUGGAAUUUGAAAUGGAAGCAGUUCCUUCAUAUUUGUUUCUCCUUAAUAAAUAUCCAGACUUUGUGAAAGUGAGAGAUAUACCUCUGAAGGAUACAUUGGAUAAGAUAUCUUUUGCAACUUCCUUAUAUGAAAAUGGUUUACUUAUGACCAAAGAGCCUUUACCACCUGGAUCCGAGGAAGAUUAUCAUUGGAUGGGGACUGAGAGCAACAUUUAAUAGCCUGAACAUUCUGAAAUCUAAUGACUCAUGUGCUUUUUAUGUUUUACUAAAAAGUUGUUGUAUAAAAUCGAUUUUUUUUUCUCGUUUUUUUUUACUUAGAUUUUAAUAAAUUAAAAUAACUGUUGUAUA